AGCAGUCAUACUGGAGAGAAACCCUUUAAAUGCACUCUAUGUGGGAAAACCUUCCCGUAUAUCACUGUUCUUAUAUGGCAUAAAAGAACACACACUGGAGAGAAGCCUUACAAAUGUAAUCAAUGUGGUAAAGCCUUUGCAAAAAGCAGUCAGCUCAUACGGCAUAAAAGAACACAUGCUGGAGAGAAACAUUAUGAAUGUAAUGAGUGUGGCAAAGCCUUUGCAGAAAACAGUACUCUCUUAAGCCAUAAAAGAACACACACUGGAGAGAAACCUUAUGAAUGUAACCAAUGUAGUAAAGCCUUUGCACAAAACAGUCAUCUCAUAAGCCAUAAAAGAACACACACUGGAGAGAAACCUUAUGAAUGUAAUGAGUGUGGCAAAGCCUUUGCAGAAAACAGUACUCUCUUAAGCCAUAAAAGAACACACACUGGAGAGAAACCUUAUGAAUGUAACCAGUGUGGUAAAGCCUUUGCACAAAACAGUCAUCUCAUAAGCCAUAAAAGAACACACACUGGAGAGAAACCAUAUGAAUGUAAUGAGUGUGGUAAAGCCUUUGCAAAAAACAGUCAUCUCAUGAGCCAUAAAAGAACACACAGAGAGAAACCUUAUGAAUGUAAUGAGUGUGGCAAAGCCUUUGCAAAAAACAGUCAUCUCAUAAGCCAUAAAAGAACACAUACUGGAGAGAAACCUUAUGAAUGUAACCAGUAUGGAAAAGCCUUUGCACAAAACAGUACUCUCUUAAGCCAUAAAAGAACACACAGCAAAGAGAAACCUUAUGAAUGUAACCAGUGUGGUAAAGCCUUUGCAGAAAACAGUCAUCUCAUAAGACAUAAAAGAACACAUACUGGA